GGCAGGUCGUCCUAUGAGCGGCGGGGUGGAGGGCGCAGGAGGAGGAGGCUGCGCGGCGCGGCGGGCGGAGUCAGUCGGUGCCAUGGCGGAGAGCGACUGGGACACGGUCACGGUGCUGCGCAAGAAGGGGCCGAGCGCGGCCCAGGCCAAGUCCAAGCAGGCAAUCUUAGCAGCUCAGAGAAGAGGAGAAGAUGUAGAGACCUCCAAGAAAUGGGCAGCAGGCCAAAACAAGCAGCAUUCUAUCACUAAGAACACAGCUAAGCUGGAUCGGGAGACAGAGGAGCUGCACCAUGACAGAGUCCCCCUUGAGGUGGGCAAAGUAAUCCAGCAGGGCCGACAGAGCAAGGGCCUGACACAAAAGGAUUUGGCCACGAAAAUAAAUGAAAAACCACAAGUUAUUGCUGACUACGAAUGCGGAAGAGCAAUCCCCAACAACCAGGUUCUGGGCAAGAUUGAAAGAGCCAUCGCAUUCUCUAGGGAAACAGCAUGUGUUGCUCUGCCGGUAGGAUGCUUGCAGGGUUGAUGUCAGUGCUGUUUCAUGGGUUCUCCUAUGGCAGUGGUCACCAACUGGUCAAUCGCGAUCGACUGGUCAAUCCUAGAGGAUUUCUCGAUCGAUCGUGAUCUCUAGUGGGGUAGCAGGGCUGCUGCUAAGGCAGACUCCCUGCCUUCCCUGCCCCUGGGGCCGCACUGGAAGCAGCCAGUGCAGCCCCAGGGGCAGGGGUCUCCCUCUGUGCGCUGCUCCUGCCUGCAAGCACUGCCCCAGCAGCUCCCACUGGCCAGGAAUGGGGAGCUGUGGCCAGUGGAAGCUGCAGGGGCAGUGCUUGCAGAGAAGGGCAGUGCGCAGAGCCACAUGCCCCCAGCCCCUCUUCAGGGGGUGGCGGUGGGCCUGGGUAGGUAGGGAGCCUGCCUUAGCGGCAGCUAUGCUACACCACCAACUGGGAGCUGCUGGAGGUAAGUACUGUCUGGUGGGAGGCUGCACCCCAGUCUGGAGCCUCCUCCUAGAGCCAGCACUCCAAACCCCCCUCCUGCACCCCAAGCCCCAGCCCAGUCAAAGUGAGUGAGGGUGUGGGAGAACAAGAAACAGACAGAAGGUGGGAUGGAGGGAGUGGGGCUUUGGGGAAGGGGCAGGGUAGAUCCUGGGUUGCCCUUAAAUUCAAAAUGUGAUCUUGGGCAUAAAAAGGUUUCAGACCACUGACCUAUGGGGUGUCACUUUGCAUCCUAAUGUUAAGAUUGUUUCUGCUGAUUCAGAAGCAGGAACUCCGAAACUUUCAACUUUCCUCAAGAAUUGAAAACUCUCAUUGGUUCAGUGUCUGGGACUUGCUCUGUCUCAUAGUGAUUUUUUUUUGGAUGGCAGACACCUGAAGGUCUUAUGUAAAUCCAAAGUCAUGUAUUUUGCAGUGAAUACAUUGGGAGUGGGAUAAGUUUGUGGAGGAGAUGGUAUGAUGGGAUAACAUGAUUUUUGGCAAUUAAUUGAUCUUUAACUAUUCAUGGUAAAUAGUCCCAAUGGCCUGUGAUGGGAUGUUAGAUGGGGUGGGGUCUGAGUUACUACAGAGAAUUCUUUCCUAGCUGGUGAAUCUUGCCCACAUGCUCAGGAUUCAGCUGACUGCCAUAUUUGGGGUCAGGAAGGAAUUUUCCUCCAGGGCUGAUUGGAAGAGUUUUCCUGGGGGUUUUUCGUCUCUCUGUGGCAUGGGUCACUUGCUGUAGGAUUUUCUGCACCUUGAAGUCUUUAAACCAUGAUUUGAGGACUUCAAUAGCUCAGACAUAGGUGAGAGGUUUAUUGCAGGAUUGGGUGGGUGAGAUUCUGUGGCCUGCGUUGUGCAGGAGGUCAGACUAGAUCAGAAUGGUCCCUUCUGACCUUAAUGUCUGAGUGCCCACCUUUCUAGUUAUGCAAAGCCUUAAUUUCUAGAUAUUUGUAAUGGACUAGAAUAUCUGCUGCUAAAACCGUCUGAAAUGGCUUUUGCAAUGAUGCUUAGUCAGUAGAGUGAUGCUUCUCAGACUAGUGAUUUCCCCCCUCCCCCCCACCAGUAUUAUUCUUCAGGCAAUGACUCUGCUAAUGUCCUGUAAGUUACCUGAGCAAGGAUCAAUUUUUCCAAUUACCUGUUUCAAUUUCUUUUCGGUUAUGUAUAAAGCCUGAUGUUUUUCUUAAAUAAAUCUCCCUUUCUCCUCCUCCCUCUUUUUGUAUUUGUUCUGUCUUGUAGUGGGUGACUUCUCCCUUCCCUCCAUCCCUCCCUCCAGCCACCUUAGUUCAUUUGUUGGGCUGUUUGAGGAUUCAGGGUGACAAGUAUGUAGGGAGGACUCAAGUCAAACUGCUGAAAGUUGUCUCCUUUGUGUCAUUCCAGGUCUUAAGCUACGUGGAAGGGAUAUUGGAAAACCACUUGAGGCUGGCCCAAAAGGGAAAUGAAAACAAAGCCUCGAAAUCAGUUUG